GAAGAUAUAUAACAAAAUGUCAACGUUUAAUUUUGCACAAUAGGAAAUCACAACAGAAGCUGUAUAUCAUAUUCUAAAAAUGCUGAGUUCCAUUGUAUCAUUCGGAAGCCUUCUUAUUAUUGUACAAGCCACCAGUGAUUAUGUGAAACCAUGGUUUUGUCAUAAACUUGAUUGUCCAAAAUUUACAGUUUUACAGAACACGACAGACUACCAACUACGACAUUAUAUCCCAUCAAAAUGGGUAGCAACAAACAUGACAGUUAAAACGUAUGGACGCUCAAGCAAUGGUCAGUUGUUCCAAAAACUUUUCCAGUAUAUAUCAGGAAAUAAUGUUCCAGGAGAAAAAGUUGAAAUGACUGCACCCGUGGUAACCACAGUAAUACCAGAAUCAGAUGGACAGACUAUGUACAUCAUGCACUUUAUGAUUCCCUACGCAAAACAGACCAAUACUCCGGUGCCUAAUGAUAGCGAUGUAUAUUUGGUAGAUGUGCCAGCAAUGGACGUUUACGUUAAGUCAUUUGGUGGAUUCGCCAGUGAAAGUACUUACGUCACAAAAUUACAGGAACUAAAAACAAGUUUAGACACUAAUGCUUCCAAUGUGUAUGAUUCAUCUCGGUUCUUCACUCUUGGAUACGACAGUCCAUUUGCCUUUAUUAACAGACAUAACGAAGUGUGGCUUCAAGCCGUGAAAGCAUAAACAAAAAUACAUUUUCUUCUUUUACAUAUUUGUAAAUAAAUUGUUUGAUCAUAACAAAAUCAUAUUUCAUCUUUAUACAUAAAUGUUUGUGAGAAAAUAAACACGUUUGUUUGUUUA